GGGCAUUUGCUGAUCUCCAGUCUACGUGACAGACAGAUUUAAAAAAAUAUAUAUUACACAACCAUUACCCUCCACUAGGAGACAAAAACUCAAGGUCCAACCACGCUGAGCUAUUACUGGGCUGUGGAAUUUUUAUCUGCUAGUAUCGUCUGUAAAGGAAAGUCUGACUACUAAAGGAAAUGGGAGACUGGGGCUUUCUAUCCACAUUACUGGACAAGGUGCAGUCCCAUUCUACAGUCAUCGGUAAGAUCUGGAUGAGCGUCCUGUUUAUAUUCAGGAUCCUGGUUCUGGGAGCAGGAGCUGAGAGUGUAUGGGGAGAUGAGCAGUCCAGUCUUGUGUGCAAUACAUUACAACCUGGUUGUGAGAAUGUCUGCUAUGACUGGAAGUUCCCCAUCUCUCACAUUCGCUUCUGGGUCAUGCAGAUCAUCUUCGUGUCCACGCCGACGUUACUGUACCUGGGCCAUGCCAUUCAUGUCAUCCACCAGGAGAACAAACUGAGAGAAAGAAUAAAGCAGAGGAAGAACAGCCAAAUGCUAAAAGUACCCAAAUACACAGAUGACCAGGGUCAUGUGAAGAUCAAGGGCAACCUGUUGUGCAGCUACCUUACCCAGCUGUUCUUCAAGAUCAUCUUAGAGCUCGCUUUCAUCGUCGGACAGUACUACCUGUAUGGCUUCAUCAUGAGCCCCGAGUUUGCUUGCACUAAAAGUCCAUGUCCCCACACUGUCGAGUGUUUCAUGUCGCGUCCGACGGAAAAGACCAUCUUCAUCAUUUUCAUGCUGGUGGUGGCGUGUGUGUCCCUGCUGCUCAAUGUGAUCGAGGUCUUUUACCUGCUGUGCAGCAAAGUGAGAUGUCGGUCUGGGAACAGGCGUACGAGGAUCACCACUUCUGUUGAAAAUCCUGUCAGUUUGUCUUCAACUUGGCAGCCGAAACUGGAAAGUGAAGAUCCUCUAAAGCAGAACAAGAUGAACAUGGAGUUUGAGAGUCACACCAAGAGCAUGAGUGCUGCCAAAGAGGACAACCAGCUCUUAGAGGAUCAAUAGAUUUAGCAAAAACUUUCUUCGCUGAAGUUCUUCUCUGAACUUUUUUUCUGUCAUUCGAUCAAAACACUAUUCUGCAUGAAUCAGACUGUAGCUACAUAUUUUAUAAAGUAGACUUUUCAAGAGUUCAAGAAUUUUCAUUGAAAAGGUACAAACGAUGCUUUCUGUGUGAAAUAUUACUACUGCCUUGGUUCUUGCAAAACAAACUGCAUCCUGAUGUUUCAGUAUUUAAGUAUUAUUCAGUAUGAAUGCUGUUGCUUUAAAUAAUGUAUGAUCUUUUUUUUUUGUUGUUGUUGUAUUUUAUCUACAGUAAAACAUUCCAAUUUAACAUUUUUAAACAUGUGCAUAAAUACCUUUAUGAAUUUAUGGCAACACCAGCAUAUAAUAACAUGAGAGAAGGAAUAGAAUUUAUAAUGCGCCGAACUUCACAAUAGUCUCUGAUAUUGUACACGAUUCGAAUGUUAAAUAGAUUUGAAUGUAUGCCAAUAGCGCACAAUAUUUGAUGCUAUAAACAUUUCAGAUAUAAACCUAAUGUCACAUAUUACUCAGAAAUACUGUACGUUUCCCAAAGGUGAUGUUCUUAGAGGAAAAAAUCCGACCUGAGUGAUUUGCAUAUUAAUCUUUAGAAUUAACAUAUAAUUAACAUCUUUGACAGCAUUCAAUAUUUAUCUUGUGACGCUAUUGUCACUUUGGUCAAAAGUUUCCGAGCGAGUCUUUGCUGUAACUCAUAACUUGUACAGUCCGGGUCAGAAUUAUUGGCACUCCUGAAUUGUAAGUACAGAAUUUAGAAUAUCUUCAGAAAUAAAUGCAAAUGAACCAA